GAAGGCUUUGUACCGUAUCAUUAUUGUUGUGAGCCAACGCAGCCGCCGCGUCGUUCUCACGUAUUACAAUUAAAACAUGUCUGGAAUUGAACUAAUUUGAAUAGUAAUAAAUCUAAAAAAAUUAUUACAAAAAUAGUUUUCGUUCAAAAAUGGGUGUAAUGAUACGUGUUCUGUUUUUGAUGUGCAUUUUGGAAUGGUCCGUUUUAGCGCAAUUCGGCAGUAUAUCAGUGAGUGUUGGCAUGGGAGGAAUUAGAAGCGGCAAUGAAAAUCUAAGCGUGAGAGCACCUUGUCCACCGAAUACAUCUUGUGUGCCAAUCAGCUCGUGUCCGAUGCUUGAAGAUCUACUCGAUUUCUCGUGCUUUUCAUCGGAUAAAUACUUUCAUCGUUUGAAUCAACUAACGUGUGGUAAUGACAACAACGAAGACUACGUUUGCUGUCCGUCGUGUGACUGCGGCCGAGUCUACCAGGAAGGCACGCAAUCGUGUGGCGAGAGUAUGGUACGAGGAGUUGAUUAUGACGGAAUCGGCACACAUCCUUGGGUGGCCAGAAUUGGCUUCACUAAAGAAGAAACGGGUAAUGUUAGAUUCGCUUGCAGUGGAUCUAUAAUAUCGAAGCGAGUUGUAUUAACUGCGGCGCACUGUGCUUUGGCCAAACCAGAAAGAUACAAAUUGUCUACGGUGGUAGUGGGCGAAUGGGAUAUUGGACGAAGCCCCGACUGUAACGAUUUCUUCUGCGCCCCUCCCACGCAAGCAAUAAAAGUUGAAAGCGUUGUUGUGCACCCUGGUUACGAGGAAAAGAUUUUCCGGCACGACAUUGCACUUAUCUUGUUGAAAGAUGAAAUCAAGUAUUCAGUGACAGCAGCACCAGUUUGCCUGAAUGAAAAACCGGAAGUUGUAAUAAACGAACGCGCAUCACUGGUCGGUUGGGGGAAACUGUCCGGUCAGACUAAUGUUAGCCGCCAGCAGCUACUAGAAGUGCCUCUUGUUCCUCUAGAAAAAUGUGAAAAAGUAUUUGGCGAAUCCGUGCCAGUACACGAGGGGCAGCUGUGUGCGGGCGGUGAAGAAGGAAAGGAUGCCUGUUCUGGAUUCGGAGGAGCACCACUACUCAUCAAACGUGACGGAAAAUUUCUUCAGACGGGAAUCGUGUCAUUUGGCUCCGAAAACUGCGGCAGCGACGGCGUACCCAGCGUGUAUACAAACAUUGCUCAUUAUUAUCGAUGGAUCGUAGAAAACUCACCCUCUUAAAGGAAAAUAUACGAAAUUUAUAAAAAAAAAAUUCGUUUUAUUUAUAACAGAUAAUAUCGUAUUGGCACUUAUAUUCAGUUUCAAUAGGUCCAAAGUAACUCUUCGGUUGAUAAGAUGCUUUGAUAAAUAAAGAUUAAAUUUAAUCAGUGAUAAAAUUGGAGAACGAUUGCAGAUUUUCUUUCGAUAUAAUUUUAAUUGGGUAUUUACGUAGAGUUAUAAGAUCAUGAUGGAUUUGAAUAUGUACUAUAUUCGGUACAGAGAUCGGGAACGAAAUUGCUUUUAGUAAAUAAGGAAUUUUAAUGUAUCGUCGCUGUGAAACAAAAAUCUGCUAUGUGCAAAAACUCUAUUUUGAAUUAACGUGUAAAAACAUUUUCGUGUAAAAUCUUAUUUAGAGGUAAAUUUUUAAGAACUAUAUCAAAUAAAAGCUAUAGAUAAAUGUUAAACAAUUAACAGUUUUUUUAUACGGUAGAUAGGGCUGUGAACUAUACGAAACAGUCAAAAAGUAAAAAUCUCAAAAAGUAUACAUAGCCGAUUUUGGUUUGACAACGACGGUAUGCAUGAUUAAGUGUCUGUAAGAGUUCUAAUUACAAUAUAUAUAAUUAAAAAGUCCGAAUAUUGUUUUAAGUUAAAAACUUCAGAUUUAAAAAAAAUAAACUGCACUUUUUACUUGAAUAUCAAGUGAAGUAUAUAAAAUAUUUUAUUGUAAAAUGUAAAUACAACCACAACACAGCCAAGGUAACAACAGUGUUUAGUUUUUAAGGUCGCUUCAUUUUACGCUGUACUAUUUAUAAUCAUUAUUUGUUCCUAAAAUAUUCUUUACAGGGCUUGACGUUUCUCAGUCUAUCACAAAUAGUGCCCAUUAAAUCAUUAAAAGCCUUGUUUUGUGUUGCCUGAUCGAAGACC